AAUGUUUUGAUCAACGUUUUAAAUUAUUGAAAUUGCGCAUUAUAAAUAAUUCUACAUGUAAAUAGUUCCGCUAAACAGCUGUAGCAGACGGGGUAAAACGCCCCAUCCUGAAGGGAUUGUCCAAUCGGUGACGAGGAUGCACAGGCUUCAUAGCAUGACAGCCAAUCCGUAAUAAAUACCUCAACUUCCUGUCGUGGAUUUUGAGUCAGUAGGAAUAUUCCUCACAAUGGGAAUAAACUGUAUGGGCCGAAAAGGGUGUUUUCAGUAUUUUUGUCUAUUUUACCCGGGAGGACAUUCUGUAUGAGAAACUAAUCCCGUAACAUUUCAGCUAUGAUCUCCCAUGUCCUGUAAUAUUAUUGCUUUAUCUUUGCUACUUGAUGUAGGCUAUUAGGGGGCACAAUUGGAGUUCACACACCACCCAAUUGCAGAGGGAAAGAGCUUCGGCCGGAGUUCUAUCCUGAGGGAACCCGGAGGCGCUCUGCCGUAGGGAUCCAUGAUGAACUGUUCCCUCCUGUGGGCCGUGGAUGUGUAUGGAAGAGUGUACUGCCUGUCCACCGCUGGAGGGCGUUGGGAGCGCUCGAAGGACAAAGUGCUGGAACUGAAACGCGUAGCGGCUGUCAAGCAAUGUUGCUGGGGUAUUGGGUGCGACAAUCAACUUUACCUCAACGUUAACCCAAGUGAUACAGCAAUACGUUACCAAGAAGAAACGUAUGAAAACCAGCGCUGGAAUCCCUUGGAUGGUUUCACAGACUCGCUGCUGCCCACAGACCGCUGGUCAUGGACGGAUGAGGCGGGACUUAACUCUCAGCCUCUGCACAGCUUCCAGCUGCCCUCAGAGAGCUGGGAGUGGGAGGGUGACUGGUUUGUGCAUGAUGAGAGCUGUGGAAGACCAUCUACCAACACGGGGGGAUGGGAGUAUGCCGUGGAUUUUCCUGCCAGCUUCAGCAAGGAAAAAAAGUGGAACUCCUGUGUUCGCCGCAGACGAUGGCUUCGGAACAGACGCUACAGGGCCUUUGGCUCGUGGUCUAAGAUUUCCCUGGACAGAGGGAGGCCCCCUCCACAACCCUUCACUGACAUCAGCUGUGGAGGUCACCUGAUGAGCCACAGCAGUGAGAAGCGCCUUUACCUCUGGGCUGUGUCCCAGCAAGGGAGGGUGUGGUUUCGCAGCGGCAUCCAGCACCUGAGACCAGAGGGCUGUGGUUGGGAGGAGGUGGCAGCCCCCGGUGAGGUUGCCCAGGUGAGCUGUGGCCCUGGAGACCUGCUGUGGGCAGUAUUAUGGGAUGGCCAGCUUCUGGUUCGGACGGGUGUUAGCUGCGAACAACCCAAAGGAUCAUCUUGGACAGUGGUGGAACCUCCUAAGAAGAACAUGGGGGCUGCCCUUGUGUCUGUGGGGAUGUGCGUGGUGUGGGCCAUCACCAAAGACAACAAAGUAUGGUUCAGAAGGGGAGUGAACUCCCACAAUCCCUGUGGAUCGGGGUGGAUAAACAUAUCAGGAGAGAUGCUGAUGGUGAGCGUGGGGCCCACCGACCAGGUGUGGGGCAUCGGAAGCGAGGACCGCACCAUCUAUUUCCGACAGGGGGUGACCGCCAGCCAGGUGACAGGGACUGGCUGGACUCCAGUGCUUGCCCAGUGGGACAGCGCUCGACCUGCCGACGGCCAGCCAAGCCAUGACUUCAGUGGGGAGAUGACCGACUCGUCCCAGGGCUCGGUGCUGGGCUUGGAGGACUCCCUGGGGGGACCGGACAGCCCAGUCCCAAAAGCGACCAUCCCCAAGAUCACCAGCGACAGCUUCAUCUCGGCUCUGGUGUCAGAUCGCGAGUGCACCAUCAGGCCCGCGGGCAGGACGCCACUGACCACGGUCCCCGCAGAGAACCCUGAGGCCCAAGGGGAAGACGGUGAGGAGGAGGAGGUCCCUCUGACCUCGAGCGAAGCUCCCUCCCAGGCAGCUGGGGUCGACCCGUGGAGCAACGUGGAUCUGGAGGAAGAGGCCAAGGGCAAGCGUCCUGCUGGCCCAGCAGGGGCCACUGCCCAGCGGGUCUCUGUGGCUACUUACCCCCUGGAGCUGCCCGAGGUGGAGGAGAGGCCGCCGUGGGCCUGGGUCAGUGGGGGAGGCUGUGUUCUCAUCUCAACCUCCAAGGUUGACUGGCUGGAGUCCUCAGCAGACAAGUCAAGUUCUCUCUCUUUAUCCAUCACUCCAGCUCAUGCCUCGGGUGAAAAAAAGAAGGAGGCGUCAGAGGAACAGAUCUUUGAAAAGUCGGUGAGUGUCACUAAAGGACACCUGCGCUGGUGGAGAGAUUGGCAGCCCCACCAGUGGGAGGAGGUCAGCAUUGCCCUGGAGCAGGCCAUCACAGAGCAGGGCAGAAGAGACGACAUCCUUUAUCUCUACUACAAACAAAAUGAUGAGAAAAAGUUCCUUUGCACACCCAUAAGUGAAGUGACAGCACUGGUCCCCAAGGUGAGGGAAUCCCCAUACUGCUUUGCCAUCUACACAGCAGAGAGGACCAGACAGAGGUGGCCACUACUGCUCUCCACACCUACUCAGCAAGACCUGCAACAAUGGCUGUCUCUCCUCGGUGAGUCCUGCUGCCACAGCAAGGGCAUUGUGGGUUGGCCCUCCGAACAGGCCCUGUGGGCUGUAACCUCCAAGGGAGACAUCAUGGUGCAUGAACCUACGCCGAGCCUAGAGGCGUCAACACCAAACCCAGCCUGUGACAACAUGUUCUGGUAUCAGGUCCCAGGCCACCUGCACACGGUGGAGUGUAAUAGUCUGGGUGUGGUGUGGGGCAUUGGCUUUGAUCACACAGCUUGGGUCUACACUGGUCACAGGGGAUGCUCCGCGGAGGCAGACAGCCGGGAUCAUCAGCAUCCACAGGCAGACGUUAGGAGCAUAUUCAUCUUCGAGAACCAGCGUUGGAUCCCUCUGACAGGAUACACAGACAAGGGUCUCCCCAUGGACCGCCAUAUGUGGAGCGAUGCCUCUGGGCUGAAGGAGUGCACCAAAGCCGGCACCAAACCGCCCUCACCGCAGUGGACCUGGGUAACAGACUGGGCUAUCGACUACAGUGCCCCGGAAGGGACAGACAAGGAGGGCUGGCAGUAUGCCGCUGACUUCACUGCAGCCUAUACUGGCAACAAGACUCUCAAGGACUUUGUGAGAAGGAGGCGCUGGGUCAGGAAGUGUAGAUUACAACUGACUGGCCCCUGGGAGGAAGUCCCGCCCAUUCCACUGAGUGACAUCACCAUCCUGCCCUGCUUGGCUAAGAGCAGCAUGGAGCAGGUGCCCCUGUGGGCCAUCAGUGAGAGAGGAGAUGUGCUCUGUCGCCUGGGUGUGACCAGAGAAAACCCUGCUGGCAGCUCCUGGCUUCACAUCGGCACUUCUCAGCCAUUCUGCUCCAUUUCCAUUGGUGGAGGUCACCAGGUGUGGGCCAUCGCCCGAGACAACUCGGUCUUCUACCGGGGCUCUGUGUCUGCCCAGAAUCCUGCAGGUGACUGCUGGUACCACAUCCCCUCUCCACCUAAACAGAACCUCAAGCAGCUCUCCGUGGGACGGACGUCUGUUUACGCCGUGGACGAGAACAGUAAUCUGUGGUACAGACAGGGUGUGACCCCCAGCUACCCCCAAGGUACAGUGUGGGAACUCAUCUCCAACAACGUGAGCAAGGUCUCUGUCGGGCCACUCGAUCAGGUGUGGAUUAUGGCAGAGAAGGUGCCAGGUUGUCCCUCGGACAGUCCAGGUGUUGUCUGUCACCGGGCUGGUGUGCAGCCCAUGCAGCCCAAAGGCCAGAGCUGGGACUUUGGCAUCGGGGGAGGAUGGGAGCACCUGUCGACCAGGGGGAACUCCCAGGACGCUCCGCGCGCCCUUGCCCGCAGUCCACUGCCCCCCCGCACGCCCAGGCAGGUGAAUGGGAACAUCAUUGCAUGCUGAGUGUGUGGUCAUCCACUAAGUCACUGUCCUCUCUCUCUCUCCCCCCCCCCCCCCCAUCACAAUAAGCCUGCAGCCCACUGUCCUGGGGUCAGUCAGGGGUCAUCUGGCAUGGAGUUACUCACACCCUGCAUGCCUUCUGGUCCAGUGAUCUGAAGACACUAACACACACCACACUCCUCUCCUAUUAACCACCAAGUGACUUUUGUCUGAUUUUGUGUUGAAGCAUGAUUUUGUUAUUUUUUAUUUCUGACCAUCACAGAUAUGUAUUGUGUUCUGUUAAAUGGAAUAUUUGUUUAUUAAUGGUAGUAACCAUUAAUAUAAAGGUAUUAAUAACUAGGUAUUAACAUCACAUGAGGAUGCUGUGGGAUUUAUUUUGGUCUCUGAGUUAACCCUUUCAACUCCCAUCUUCAACUUCAUCACAUGUAAAUCCGAUCAUGACCUGUCCAUAUUCUCAUGGAAAGCCUCAUAUUGUUACAUGGCAGAUCUUUUGAUCAUAACAUACUAACCUAAAUUAUUUACAAUAUGCUGCCUUGAAACAAUGUAAGGGUAUCUCUGUACAUGAUCCAUG